CAACUUUUAGUUUAAAUUGAACAAAAAUGUUUCGUGUGUUUCUACGUAUUGCAGUAUUGUGUACAAUAUCUACUGGUAAUCCCCUGGACAGACGCUUCCUUAUGCUGUUUGGUCACCAAUACAGUAACCCUGGUGAUAUGACAAACGAGUUUACCGGAAAUGCAGCUGGGAGUAGUAACAGCGGGAGUAUCGGAAGUAGCCAAAGUAUAAGGAGCAGCGUAACUUCCGGUUCCCAAAACGUGAAUGGUGCGCCAGGAGAUGCAACUUACUACCUUGAUAAUACACACAACCAUUACCAGGCUAUCUCAGGUGGAAAUGCUGGAUACGUUCAACAUGCCGGAAACAAUGGACCAGAUUUUCCCUCUCAGAGUGCAUCUACUGGUCACGGUACCGACCAUCUCCCGGGGAAGUGUCCGUGGAUGGGCUGUUCUGUAGCCUGUCAGGAUAUAGACAGUGUGACGGGAUGUAUCAUCUGUAUCAAGGGAUGCGCCUCAUCGACAUCCGGUGCUGCUGCAAACGGAGGAACCGGACCUUCAUUGAAUACCGGAAGUGGUGCGGAUGCUGGGUCCGCACAAACGGCCGGAGGAAGCAUAACACAAUUGGGGUCUGGCACUGGACCAAUGGUGGGGGCAACAACGGGUGGACAUAGCUCCAACACCGGAACUUCAACUCAAAAUGGAGGAUCAACGGGAGCUAACAGUGGCAAGGCUUCUCCGACAUGUCCACCAUUUCCGGUCAACUGUCCUCGAGGAAGUGUCCUGAUUGUCAAUGGCUGUCCGGAAUGCAAUGAACUGACCACAACCGUUGCCACGGCUCAUAGGGCUACGUGCCAACCUACUCGUUGCCUAGCACCCUGUAACAAAGGAGUCGCUAUUGACGUCACUACAAGAUGUCCCGUAUGUUUAUGUUAGCGCCAACUGCUGAAACGCAUUUUAAUUGGUGGAUAUUUGCAUUUAUAUAUACACUGUACUUAA